AUGAAGCUCAGCGAUCACAAUUUGAACGAUUAUAAAUUUCCAGGAAAUCAUUCAUCCAUGUCAAGUAAUACAUAUUGAAUAGGUAGAUUCAAGUAGAAUAUCUGAAAUAUGUAAUCCAUUUCACACUUACUUAAUUGCAGGAUAAAUCAUUCCAAAAAAUUUAUCUCCUUAAGACAUUCAAGACAUACCUUUUGAAGAAUAAAGUAUUGAAAAUAUUAAUUCCCCUUAAAUUGAUUCAUAAAAACACAUUGUACCUUCUCCUAAUCAAAAGGAGUGCACAGUAAUUAUAAUUUAUUAAAGAUAGCCUACAUCUGCAUAAAUUAGAGGAAAAUAGGAAUAAUUUGAAUAAUAGAGCAAUGAAUAAAGAUAAUUGCACUAGUUUAUCAUAAUUAAAACGUUAGUUAAUUCAUUUAUAGAAUAGCUAAAAAGAAAAGCUUACAUUUUUCCAAAGUCCAUUAAUAAAGAUUUUAUCUUAAUAACUUAAGAACGUUACUUGAAAGACGUAAAACUUCAGUCUUAAGAUAGAGAAGAUAAUAAAGGAAGCUUUUUUUAUAAGCUCCCUAUUAUUCCACCUUAAGGAACCUUUGUUUUAGUUUGGGAGUUAGUAUUAUUUCUUUAAAUAAUGGUAAUUACUUUUUGGGGACCAUUUUUAGUCUCAUUUAAACCAGACUCAAAUACAAUGAUAAUUGUUUUUGAGAACUUCUUGAGAUAUAUUGGUAUAAUUGAUAUAAUAAUAAAAACAAAUAAAAGUCUUCUGGUUUAAGGAUCAAUAUUAGAAAAUAGAAGAUUAAUAUUAAUGUAUUACGUAAAAACAGACUUAACAUUUGAUUUAAUAUCAAUUCUAAUAUUAUUUGUAAAUGAUUCGAAUUACUCUAAUAGUAUAGAAAUAAUUUCCCUUAUUUUAGCUGGAAUAUAAGUUUAUAUAACUAUUACAAGAUUAAGACAUUUUUUAGAAAAAUUAUAAGAAACAUUUGAUGAAUAUUAAAAUUUUUUUGAAUUAACUAAAGUUUUACUAAUAAUAUUUAUAUUUGCUCAUAUUACAGCUUGUAUUUGGCAAAAAAUAGCUUUGUUAACUGAAGAAAUUGGUUAUAAUACUUGGAUGUCUUUGAUGACUAUGAAUAACGAUACAAUUUGGAUCAGGUACAAUUACUCAUUUUAUUGGUCAACUAUGACUAUGGUAACAGUAGGAUAUGGUGACAUUACUCCCUAAAAUCCUUAUGAAAUGGUAUUUUGUAAUUUAACUAUGAUUAUAUCAAGUGCAAUAUUUGGUUAUUCUCUUAAUUCUAUUGGUAUGAUCCUUUAAAAUAUAAGUAUUAAAGUUUAAAAAUAUAAGUAAUUUUUAAAUAAUAUAUUGAUUUUAGAAAAUUUUCUGUAUAAAUGAAUAGAUAUAUGAAUUAAAAUUAAGUGAAUUAAUAAUUACAGAGCAAAGUCAGAAAUUAUUUGAAAUUUUAUUUUGAGCAAGAUAAUAUCAAAAAUGAUGAUGAAGUAUUGUAAGAUUUAUAUGAAAAUAGAUUUCUUCUAUAAUUUAGAAAUUGACACCUAAUUUAAGAUAAGAAUUAAUUUAUGAUAUAUAAAGUAAACCUUUGUAAAAUUGCUAUUUUUUUAAAUAUCAUUUAUCUUAAGAAAUCUAAAAAUAAAUUACUUUUUCUCUAUAAUGUAGCCAUCUUAAUCCAUAAGAAAUAAUCUAUAAUAAAAAUUGCUUAGAAGAUGAUUUAUCAUUAUAUAUUUUAGUUAAGGGUGAAGUCAGUUUAAUAGAUUAAUAAAGUGGAUAGACAUUAUGUGUUUUACGUAAAGGAGAAUGUUUUGGUGAAUAUGAAUUUUUUACAGGUGAAUAAAGAAAAUGCACAGCAAAAAGCAUGACAUUUAGUUAAAUAUAUAAAAUCUCUCGAAAAUAAACUUUAGAAAUCUUAAAUUCUAAUUAAGAAGAUAAAGAAAAGUUUUUCAGCAUUAAAGAUCAUUUAUUACUAAAGAUCCCAUGUAAAUAUUCAGGGUUAAAGUGUAAAUGUUGUCUAAAAUCUACUCAUUUUAUAACAGAUUGUCCAUACGUCAGAUAUAUUCCUGAUCUAGAAAAAUUGAUAAAGAGAGAGGGAUUUCAAUAUUAACAAAGAAAGUAUUAGAAUAGAUCAAAACAUAAAACAAAAAAUUGUUUAAUAUAGCUUAAAGUAUGUUAUUGAGUUAAUUAGGAAACAGGAAAAUUGUAAUUAGUGCAUCAAAUUCAUUACUGAAUCAAAAUUAUUUGAUAAUGAUGAAUUAUCAGAAUUGUUUCGUCCUCCUUCUCCAGAUUCAUCAGAAACAAAUUAAAUAGAAGAAAAACCUGAAGAGAGAGAGAGUUCAUUAGAAAAAGUUUAUUAAAAAAACAAAUCAAGAUUUUAAUCAAUGUCUUCAGAGAAACCAUAGUCAUAAUAGUAUCAACAACACUAAGAAUAAAAAAUAUCUUUAAAAUAUUUGGAUAAAACUUAUAAUAGAGCUGUUUCAUAAGAAAAAGUAAGGUAACCAAUUCGUAAUAACGAAAAAAUUGGUUUAUAAAAAUCUGCUACUAAAAUAAUGCCAGAUUAUGAAAAAAGUUCUUAUGAACCUACGAUUAGAACAAAAGGAAAAAAAAGUAUAGAGAAUAGUGAAAUUAAUAGUUAUUUAUCUGCAAUUAAUAUUGAAAUCUAAAAUUAGCAAGUUGAAUUAAAAAUAAAUGAAAUCGUUCCAUAAUUUUAAUGUUGUGAUAUUGAUAGGAUGGAAUCUUUUAAAUAUUAUUUUAGUGAAUUUAAUUUUCCCUAAAUAAUUGUUGAUUAUUUAAAAUCUCAAAGAUAUAUUAAAAUAUUAAAUAGAAAAAAUAUUGGAAAGUAUACAAUUUUCUAUAAGGCUAAAAAGUUUAAAACUUAGUAUAAACUAAAAAGAUUGAAAUAAGUGGCAAGAAGCUCUUAAGUAAUAUAGUUUUAACCAAGAAGAAGCAAAUAGUAAACAAAAACUAGCAUCUUCUAUUAACCUCUCCCAUUAUCACAUGAAAAAUGA